CCUCACUGGCUGGUAGCCAUACCCAAUUUUUUUUGAACAGUGACAGCUGAAAUUACAGUAAAAAGGUGAAAGAAAAUAGAUAUAAAAACAAUGUUGGCAUUGUUAUUACCUACUACCUUUGUGCGCUUCAUGGUAUAUAAAAAGUAGAGUGUCGUGGGGGAGGGUAAAAAAGGGCAGCCUUGCGGCUUUUGCUGAUUCUCAAGGUUUUCCAACUUCAUUGGUUUUUGGACUCUUGGGCUUUGAUUACUUAAGUGUUGAACUCCCUGAAUGAAGUUAAUAAUUUUCGGGAAAAAUAAUCAAGUGGGAGUCUCUGUUAUUGCAUUAAGCUUCUCUUUGAGGGGUUGAUUAGAUUCUUACCUUUGAUACUUCUUUCUUAAUUUGCUCUUUCGACUUUCUUUUUGACGCGCGAGUGGUUGAGUUGGGAAAAAUUGUUGUGAAAUACCUGUUUGGAUUAAAAGACAAUUUGCCACCAAGAUGAAGUUUAUGAAACUUGGUACGAAGCCCGACCAGUUUCAGAGUGAUGGGGAAAAUAUAAGGUAAUCUUUGUCCUAAGUUUUAUAAAAGUGUAUCUAACUAGAAGCAGCAAGUAGACUGGUAUGGUUGGUAACAAAUGUUUCGUAUGAUGGUGAAAAAAUAUCUUGUGCCAGCAUUAUUCUUGCCGUUUUGUUCGAUUAUCUCUAACAUAGAAAAGCUAUUUUCUGAUCUGUUAUGAAUCAACCCUCGACUGAGAGAAAGGAUUUGUAUUUCAGGCAUGUAGCGACUGAUUUGGCUACUGAUAUGGUCGUUAUUGUUGGCGAUGUCAAGUUUUAUCUACACAAGUUCCCCCUCCUCUCCAAGAGCCCCUGCCUCCAUCGCCUAGCUGGCGCCGCCACAUCAGACGACGAGAUCCACAUCCCCGACAUCCCUGGCGGGCCCCCCGCGUUCGAGAUAUGCGCCAAAUUCUGCUACGGAAUGAUCGUCACUCUCAACGCCUACAACGUGGUCCCCGCCCGCGCCGCCGCCGAGUACCUCGAGAUGCACGAGCCCACCGACUCCGGCAACCUCGCCCGAAAGAUCGACGUCUUCCUCUCGUCCAGCCUCCUCCGCUCCUGGAAGGACUCCAUCAUCGUCCUCCACUCCUCCAAAUCCCACCUCCCUUGGUCGGAAGAGUUGAAAAUCGUGAGCCAUUGUCUCGACUCCAUAGCCUCCAAGGCCUCCGUCGACCCCUCCAAGGUCGACUGGUCCUACACCUAUAAUCGGAAAAAGCUCCCGUCCGAAAACGGGCGGGAACCGCUCUACAACGGCGUCAGGAAGCAGCAGUCGGUCCCGAUUGACUGGUGGGUGGAGGACCUCUGCGGCCUCCCGCUCGAUCUGUACAAACGGGUCGUAACCACCAUUCAAGCCAAGGGGAGAAUUUCUGCUGACGUCAUAGGCGAGUCGUUGCGCGCAUACGCUUCUAGAAGGCUCCCGACGGUUUUCCUCGUGCGGGAGGACGACGACCUCGCGAAACACCGGUGUCUGGUCGAGACUGUCACCGUUCUCGUGCCGGAGGAGAGAAAUUGCGUCCCGUGUGGCUUCUUGCUCAAGUUACUGCACGCGGCCUUUUUGGUGGGGUGUGGGGAGAACGUGAAACGGGAGCUGAUGGGGAAGAUCGCGCGCCAGCUGGACGAGGCGACGGUCGCGGAUCUCGUGAUCCGGUCUCCGGAUGGGGAAGUGACGGUUUAUAAUAUGGACGUGGUGGGGGGUUUGGUCGAGCAGUUUGUGACGAUGGAUCCAGAAUUCGAGGUGAUGUACGCGGGAUUUGGUUCAGAAGCUUCCAAGGCCAAAGUGGCUCGGCUGGUGGAGGGUUACCUGGCGGAGGCCGCCCGGGAUCCAUUGCUGCCGCUGUCGAGGUUUCUCGAUCUCGCGAAUAUGGUGUCUGGCUUUCCGAGACCUAGCCACGACGGAAUUUACCGAGCCAUCGACAUGUAUCUCAAGGAACACCCAGGAAUGAGCAAGGGCGACAAAAGGAAAAUAUGCCGGUUAAUGGACUGCCGUAAGCUGUCUCCUGAAGCUUGUGCGCACGCGGUGCAGAACGAGAGGCUUCCGCUGCGGGUAGUCGUGCAGGUCCUCUUCUUCUUCGAGCAGGCCAAAGGGCGGGCAGGCGGGAACAGUAACGGGCUGCCCGAAUUACCGGGCCCGGUAAGGUCCCUGCUGCCUGGCGGUGGAGGGUCCAAUGGCAGCUCGCGGUCGGGGACUAGCAAAAAUACGGACACGUCCUCGGAACUGAAAAUCGAGUCCCUGAGGCUGAACGACUGCAAAGACUCCAAUGGGGUGAGAAAGGUGAUUUCGAGGCUGUGGUCGAAAGAGAGGGAGAAUAAUAGCAGCUCGGACACGUCGGAAAGCCGUGCUUCGACUCUGGAAUGAGGGUUUCCGUGUAGGAUUGUAUUAUGGUAGCUAUAGGGAGAGAGAGAGAGAGAGAGA